AACGGCAUUAGUAGAAUUAAACACUUGAACCGAAGAAGACGGAACUCCGACCGCGUGGCGAGAGCGUCUUGGUCGUGAUAUUUUUGUAAGGCUGUUUUUUGCCCCAGUGCGCGUGUGGAAACAGCACCGGAGUCAAAAGGUUUUAGAAAAAAAAAGAUAAAAAACGAAAAGCGGAAGAACCCAAUUAUCGGAUUAAAAAAAAAAUAGUGCAUUUAGUUGGAAGAGCGAAAAAGCGCAGUUUUCAAUUUGAUCGGGAAAAUUACAGAAGUGAUUUUUUUGGUGAAAACGCAACAGCAAAGAAGCACACAAGUUUAGUUUUUCGCGCUCAGGAUAGGAACAAAAUCGCGCGCAGUGUGUUUUUCCUUCAAUUUUUUUUCUUGUCGUUUCGUUUCGUCGAAUCUGUGUUCUCCUAAGCUUUAGGCUUAGCACCUUAGCUUGUGGCAGCCGGGUUACUUACUGAUCCGGAGCUUGGUUUUUGUUUGCUGCUGCUGCUGCUGUUUCGGAUCUCGUCGGUGGACGUUGGCCCCUCCGGUUUUUCGGACAGUGAGGUGGAGACUAUUUUAGCGAAGAUUAGGGUAUAAGGAAACAGUCGCCAUGAUCAGCAGGAGUUCGAGCCUCAAGGGGCUCGAAUCGAUAGCAACCUUUCUAAUAGCAGUCACGAUACUUCUAGUCGGGACAUCACAAAUUAACGCUGCACCUAUGUACGAGAGCGAUCAGACUGACUUAGAGAAUUCCGGCGAAACGAUGGGCUGUUACUACAAUUACCAUCCCUACAGCGAAGGCGACCGCAUUAUGACGAAGGAACCCUGCCUCAACUGUACCUGCCACGAUCGUAUGCUGAUGUGUUACCUGCGGGUAUGCCCCUUCACGAAAGCGAUCGGCCAGAACUGCACGAUGGAGAAGCGCGAGGACCAGUGCUGCCCGGUGAUCAAGUGCCCCGAGGUCGAGGUGGUGGUGGACCAUCAGACGACCCCAUCGACGGCCGUUGGCGCCCCCGAUCAGUACGGUUGUAUGAUCGAUAACCGAUUCUAUCCCGACGGAGCUCAAGUGCCAUCAAGCCCCCAUAAGCCUUGCGAACUGUGCUACUGCAUUCAUAACAUGACUACCUGCGUGAUGCAAGAGUGUACGUUACACAUCGACGGAUGCCAGCCAAUCUACAACCGGGGUGUGUGCUGUCCAGUGCGAUACGAUUGCGACCACGAGCGAGAUUCUGUUCCACUGCAGUUGGAGGACGAGAUCACCACGACGGUACGCCCAACGCCUGGCUUCAUCCUGCCGACUACGAUGUCCCCACCGGUCACGACGGACUGCGUCCAUAACGGCGAAGUGUACGCGGACGGUGCGCUGAUCACAACCGAAAAACCGUGCGAACACUGCUACUGCAUGCGUGGGGACAUCGUGUGCGCCGUCCAGGAGUGCGGAACCCCGCUGGAGAACGAAGGCAAGAACUGCAGAGCACUGCCGCCAGCACCGGACCAGUGCUGCCCGGAUACGUACAUGUGCGACGGUGGAAUGGACGCCACGACGAUCCAAUCGGACGAGCAGCUAGCGGGAGAAACGGCGACCACAGUCAAGGCACCGUCAGCCGUUGCUAGCGACGAAACAAAACCGGAGGAAGAGGAAGACACUCAGCAACAGCACGUACCCCACGAAGGAACCAUGGUUGAUGAUAGCACCGACAGCGAGGAGGACGACUUCCCCGCGGGACCUAUCCAUCACGACGUUCCCACCAGUGAUGAUGAUGAUUCGGAAGAAGCGAAACCACAAGCUCCGAUCGAGGCAGUUGCAGAUGAGAAACCAACGGCAACUACGACCCAACCAAGUGUUGCAGCUGACGAGAAGGAAGCCACUACCCAAAAACAACCAGAAGCUCCUUCCGCUGAGGAAGAAAAACCAGAGCUAACGACAGCAGCUCCGGCGGAAGCGGACGCCAAACCAGAACCAGAAGAACCAAUCGUCAGCCACGAUGUGCCAGAAGAAUCAGUCACCACCGAGCGUCUGGCUGAACCCGAAAAAGACUUAGCCGCACCAACCGUUGCCAGUGAAGAAGACUCCGCCACAACCGUAGCACACAAAGAAGCGGACGCUGAAGCUCCGGAAGCCACCACCGGCUUCGCUUUUACCGCCACUGACGAAGAUGUUGCUCAAACAACGGUAAGCCAUACCUACCUACCUCCGCUGCAGGAUUCGGAAACCACAACCACUCGAGUAGCACCAGAAGAAGCCACUACCUCCGCUCCAGCUGCCGACGAACUUCCAGUCGAAUCGGAAUCCGACCAACCGGAAGCUUCCGCCACCACCUUUAGACCACUGGAAUCGACUACCUACACUAAGGAACCGGCCCACAAGUACGAAGACAACCAGCCCGAGCAGGACUUCGUCGAGCUUCCGCCAGCUGUCGUCGUAACUGAACUCCCACCAAUCCCAUCCAGUGAGACUCCCACCACUGCCAAACUACCAGAAAUGCCCGAAGAGGAACCCCAAACCAGCUACCCUCUGGAGGCGGACUCACACGUUCUAGAUGACAAGGCAAGCUCAACCACCAGCCCUGCCGCCGAUGUUCCUGCUGUGGAAGAGGAAGACGAAAAGCAGCCCGAUCUAGACGAACCAGUCGAAAUGAACACCGUCAUCCCGCUGGAGGACGACAUCAAGAAACCCGCCGACGAUAUGUUCCCCGCUGCCAUCCCCGGUGAAGGUGACUGCUUGGUAGAUGGUAAGAGCUACAAGAACGGUGCCUCCAUCCCGGCGAACAGUAAGUGUCAAGUGGCCUGCAGCUGCGCCAACAGCAUCGUUCAGUGCGAGAUGGUUCAAUGUGCCGCCGCUCCAGCCGACAAGGACUGCGCUCCGGUUCCGGCCGCCCCUGGUGAGUGCUGUCCGACGUAUAAGUGUAAUGCCGUCGAUUCGGACAGCUCGGAUGAAUCCCAGGUGCAAGACGCCAAACAACCUCAACCCGCGGAAAGCUCAUCCACGGAAAGCUCAUCAUCGUCAUCCUCCUCCAGUGCCGACGAAACAGAAGAAUCCAAGGAGGAAGACGAAGAACAAUCGGAAAGUGAUUCCACCUCCGACGACGAGUACGACAGUGGUGAAGACGAGACCUCCAACCAGAUCCAGGACCAAGCAGCACAUACGACGAAGCGUCCACUGGUGCCCUCCACAACCGCCAAGGUCGAACAGGAUGAACCUUCGAAGAGUGAAUCUGAUUCCGAAAGCGAUGAAAGCGACUCCGAAGAGGAAGACAAACCAGCUGAGGCUACCACUGCAGCACCUGCUGCUACUGCUGCUGCUGAGGAACCAGAAGCCACCACCCCGGCAAAGGUCGAAGCAGAACAAGCCCCCAUGGACGAUGAUGACGCCGAAAAACAACCCGCUGAACCAGUCGCUCCAGUAACAACUGCUGCUGCUGCCGAGGAAGAGGUUACUACUGUUGCGACAGCCGCCGAUGAAGAGGAAUCAAAACCUGUUGCCCCUGAAGUCAGUGACGAAGUCGUUCAACCCGAACUACCAACCGAAGUGACAACGGUGAAAGUUGCAGUAGCUGAUGAAACGGAACCAGAACUGACCCCGGCCAGUGAGGCUGAUGAGCUAGCUGCCCCUGUCGAACAUGACGAACCAACCGCUGACGAUGAGAAUGAGAUCCAAGAAGUUCAAGCAACGACCUCGCGAGUACAGGAACCUGCCGCCACCCAAACUGUCGAACGAGACGAAGAGGAAGAGGUGUCCGCUACAACCGCAAAGGCCGAAGAACCUAGCUUACCUGCUGCUGCAAAUCUACCAGUUGCCACCCAGGAUGAGGAACAAAAAGAAGAAGAAGAAGUGGAAGCAAGUCCAGCUACGACUGCCCAACCUGCUGCUGUUGCUGCUGAUGCUGAACCAACCGCUGUCGAGCAAGAUGUUCCGGAGGAAAUAGCACCAGAAACCCCAGCCACAACUGUCGCACCAUCCGCGUACGCGGAAGAAGAAGAAAAGGUCAGUCCUGUCGAACAGGACGCUCCGGAAGCACCCGAAGAAGCACCAGCUACCACCGCCCAACCUGCCGCUGCCGAUGAAGUUGUACCAGCGGAGAAGGACGAAGUCCCAGCACCAGUUGAACAUGAUCUACCGGAGGCCCCAGUGACGGCAGCUGAAGCUGCUGAAGAAGCUACCACAACGGUAGUCCCAUACGAUGACGGCAUUCGAUUCCCCGUAGAUGAAACCGAAUCCGAUCAGGUACCAGAGCUGACGAAACCUGUCGUCGCGGAUGAGCAGGAAACCGUACCAGAGCAUGACGAUAGCAUUCACUUCCCCGAUGAAGAGGAAGAAGAUGAUCACGAAACACCAGUGCAUAAGCCCGAUGUGGUUGAUGAUCAUGUACCCGGACACGUAGGUCAUGAGGAAGAAGCGGAAGAAGAGGAACCGAAAGUAACCACCGCUAAACCAAGUGAGGACAAAUUACCAGCGGUGCAAGAAGUAACAACGGCCGCAGCAGCGGAACCUGAGCACGAUGCAACGAGCGCACCAGUGAGUCACGACGAAUUACCGGAAAUGCCAACCGAAGAACCACGGCCCCACGUGCCGCUAGAAGCGGACGAUCAAAUCAAGGAACAUGACGAAGAGCAUCCGGCUACCACCGUGCGAGUUGAAAUGGCUCCUGUAGCUGCCGAUGAGGAAGAGCAGAAACCGGUCGUCCAACCUGCUGCUGCCGAGGAUGAGAACGUGAGCUCAGAAGAAGACCAAGAACACGUUCCGGUAAGCCACGAUACCGGCGCCGAAGACGAAGACAGUGACGAGGACACGGCUCACGUUCCGGAAGUAUCGGCUCCAACCUCGUACGAAGACGAACACGACGAGGAAGAUAAACCGACUGUCACAGAGGAGCCAGCUGUUGUGAGCGAUGAGAAACCAGUGAAAUCGGAAGAGAAAGAGGAAAAGAAACCAGUUGAAGAAACGCCUGCAGUUGUGACGAGUGAUGAAAAACCAACUGAGGAAACACCGGUGCCAGUAGAAAGUGACCAGAAACCGGUUGGCGAAGAGGAAGAAGAAGCGAAACCCGCUGAGGAAGAGACUCCAGCAGUGGUGAGUGAUGAAAAGCCGGUUGAUGAGGAGGAGGAGGAGGUAACGAAACCAGCUGUUGUGAGUGACGAAAAACCAACAGAAGAAGAAGCGAAACCAGAAAGUGAUCAAGGACUUGACCAGAAGAUCGACGAUGAAGAGAAACCUGCUGAGGUUGAACCUACCGUGGUUGAACACGACAAGGAAGAAGAAACGACUGCCGUGAGUGACGAGAAACCAGAGGUUUCAGCGGAUGAAGAAAAGGCACCAGCUCUUGAUGAAGAAGUUCCAGCAACGACCUUCGCUCCUGUGCAAGAUGAGGUUAAACCCGAACCGGAAUCCGAUGUUAGUCAAGCUCCAGUUGUGGACGAGAAGGAGGAAACACCUAAGCCAGCAGUGGUAGCCGAUGAAGACACGACUCCGGAAGAUGAACUGGAAAAGGAACAACAAAAACCAGUGGAAGACGAGGAAGAAACGGUUGUCACUACGGCUGCUCCGCAGAAGGAUGUAGAAGAACCAGCUCCAGUUGACGACGAUCACGUACCGGUUGAAGCUGACGAAGAAGAAAAACAGCCCACUACAGUUGCCCCAGCUAAGGACGAAGAAGAAGCACCAGCUGCUACGUCGGCUCCUGCCAAGGAUGAGGAAGUACCAGAAGCUGACGAGGUAGAGAAACCAGCUGAGGAAGUGGAAGACGAGAAGGCACCAGCUACUACACUGGCACCAACCAAGGUAGAAGAUGAGGUGACAGAGUCAGCCGAGAAAGAAGAGGAAAAACCAUCUCCAGUCGCCGAUGAACAAGAAACAGCUGAAAAACAUGACGAACAACAACCAACAACCGAAGCACCUGCUGCUGCUGCCGCUGAUGAUGAAGUAGUGGAAACAGCUGAAGAGCAUAAACCAGAGGCUGACGAGGAGGAGGUGAAACCUACCGAAGCACCAGCUAAGGAUGAGGUAGAACAAGAAGAAGUCAAACCAGUUGUUAAGCCAGUUGAACCAGUAGAAGCUGAGGAGGAAGUCCCUGAGUUGGAUGACCAUGGCCAGGAGGAAGACGAAGAACCAACGGAGGUAGAACCAGCCGGCACAGCUGACGAAGCAGAGAAACCAACUGCAACUGAUGCUACGGUAGAGGAAAAACCAACGGCAGCACCUGAAUCCGACGAAACUGAACCGGAACAAGACAAACCAGCUGUAGAAGCUGAAGCACCGGAAAAACCAACCGAAGCUCCAGUUAGUGCCGAUGAAACGGAGAAGACUACCGAUGCUCCAGUGACGAGCGACGAGGAGGAGCAACCGAAACCAGCUGUCACUGCGGAUGAGGCCGUACAACCAGAGGUAGAACCAGUUGAAGCCGACGAGCAAGAAGAAGCCAAGCCAAGUACUGUUUCUGCACCGGUUGCCGAUGAAGAGAAACCAGAGGAAGAUGAGAAAGCUCCGGUGGAAGCAGAGGCUCCAACUACUGCUGCAGCUCCAGCUGCAUUGGACGAAGAAACGAAACCUGAAGCUGAUGAAGAAAAGGAGGAAGAAAAACAACCUACGACUGAGACUCCAGUGAAGGUCGCCGAUGAAGAAGAAGCUCCUGCGGCUCCUGAGGCUGAUGAGGAACAAAAACCGGUCGAAGCUACUACACUGUUGGCAGCCGUCGAACCAGAACAGCCAGAAAAGGAGUCUGAUGAAGCAGAAAAACCAACUCCCGAAGCUGACGAUCAGACGAAACCCGCUGUCGCUGAUGAGGUAGAAAAGGACCAGGAAGUCACUGAGGCGCCAGCUGCCGUUGCCGAUGAGGUAGAAGAACACAAACCCGAAGAACAGGAACCAGAGAAACCAGAGCCAGUAGCACCGGCUGCCGAUGCCGAGGAGAAACCUUCUAGCACUGAAGAAGAGGAACCUGUCAAGGUGUUAGAUGAACUUCCCGCAACAACCGCCACUCCCGUCGAACAGGACAGUGAGGACGAUGUCGGCAAACCUUCACUCGAGGAGGAACCAUCACAAGCUCCAGUUCAGCCAGCUGAAGACGAGGAGGAAGUACAGCAAACCCCAGUUCAACCAGCACAAGAGGAUGAAAAAGUGGAAGCUCCCGAAGUGAUUACCCCAGUUCAGCACGACACAGAAGAAGCAGAAGAAGAUAAACAACCGGAAAAACCCGAGCCUGUGGAAGCUGAUGAGGAGAAGCUUUCUGAGCCAGUUACUACUGUGGCACCUGCCGUUGCUGCUGCAGAUGAAAAGGAAAUGACAGAGGCACCAGUUGAAGCACCACUUGAAACUGAAAUAGACGAACCUGCACCGGUACCAGUGAGUGACGUUGAAGAGGAAGCUCCAGAACCGACUACAGCCAAAGCUGAAGAACCCGAAGCCCCAACGACCAGCGCUCCUGUUAAAGCCGACGAGGUGGAAAAGGAGGCAGAAGUAACAACACUUGCGCACGAAGAGCCCGCUAAGGAAACAACCGUCGCACCAGCAUCAGAACCAGCACUUGAGGACGAAAAAGAGAAAGAAAAACCAGUUGAGUCCACCCAGGGCGAGCUUCCCAAACCGAGCGAAGAAGAGACUCAAAAACCAGUGGAUGCUGAUGAGCCUAAACCUGAGCUUCCAGCGGAAGAAGAAGAGGACACACAACAGGUGGCUAAACCUGUAUUCGAUGAGGAAGCUCCAAAACCAGCCGCUCCCUCAGCCGAGGAGGAUGAAGACUCACAGCAAGCGGCCAAACCAGUAUUCGAUCAAGAUCAGGAUAGCCAGAAACCUAUUCCAGAGGUGCCAGUCGAAGACAGCUACGUUCCACCGAGCUCCACUGAAAAGCCCGACCAAUCCGAAACCCCGGGACCAUCGUACGGACCUCCUGGUUCUCACUACGACAAUAACUACAUGCCACCUCACUAUCCACCGGUGUCGUACGAGGAUGACUACGCGGAAGAGGAAGACCCGACGGCAUUCGGGCCCGGAACCUGUCGGUACGGUGGCAAACUGUACGUGUCCGCCCAGCAGAUUCCCCGCGAUGACCCGUGCGAUUUCUGCUUCUGUUUCCGAAGUGACAUCAUCUGUCUGCAGCAGUCCUGCCCACCGCCGAUCAGCGGCUGCCACGAGGAACCCAUCUCCGGCUUCUGCUGUCCACGGUACGAGUGCCCCGUCUCGAUGGCUACGGUGCUCAAUGUGACGACCAGUACGACCACCACCACGACCACCCUGCCGCCACACUUCCUGUCACACGCCUACAAGGGCGCUGUAACGAAGCGGGGUUGCCAGAUUCAGGGCAAGGCGUACAACGUCGGCGAGACGGUUUCCUCGGCCAGUGGGCCCUGCAUGCGAUGCACGUGCGGCGGUGACGGUCAGAUGAAGUGCGAACCGAAGGCCUGCAGUCCCGAACCGAUGCUGCAGCAGAUGAUCGCCGUGGCCGCCUCCCGACGGAGAUGAAGGGACUACUAAGUCGAAACAACCAACGGAUUGGGAUGUGCGAGAGAUACACAAACACAGACAUACAGAGAAAGAAAGAGCGAGCGAGAGCGAGAGUGAGUAUGCGAGAUUGUGAGUAAAUUCAACUUAGGAAGGUAAUCUCGAGCUAGAACACUUUUUUUCAAAACGGGAGAGACAAAGUGAGAAACUUGUAAGAUAAGACGGGGAAAUGCCAACUUUCGCGCAAAGUGACGGAAGUGGCCAUUUCGAUGGUUAAGUAAAACGGAAGGGAAAGAAGAAAGGAGAAGAAACAACAAAACGUAAGAGACAUCACACGAAACAAAAGUAGCUCACAAAUCCAUACAGAAAGAAGCAUAUUGUCACGCACACACACACGCAAACAUACGGACAAAGAGUUCAGAGACAACGAUUUUUUAACGCUGAAUUAGCGGGCAGCCAUUUUGUGUUCCACACCGCAAAACCAUGGCUGACUGCAAUGAGGGCGAUGAAUGGGAACUUAAAGACCUUUUUUUUGAGUUUUGUGUAUAAAAAAUUGUUUCACAACAAUACAACAAAUUAGCAGAAACAAAUUAGACAAAACGUCGGAACGUGAUCGUCGUGUCUCAAACAAUUACUUCUAGUCUCUCUGUUUUUUUACAUUUACAAAUAGAAGAAAAAGGACAAGAAAAUAACAUAACAACAACAAUAACAGUAAAACCCGCGUUACGAACAAAAAAAAACACAAACUCACAUUGACAUUGAAGCGCUGAUUAUUUUGUCUUUAUGUAGUUGUUUGUUGGAAGAACGCGAACGCGAUCAGUAACAAAAUCACAAUCGAAAUUACGAUCCUAUUACAGCAUCACAUACACAUCGAAAUGACAACCCACAUCCUCACACACACACACCCACACACUCAGAGCGCUCUUGUAAGUGUAAAUUGAACCUCAACGUGAAUGUUAUUUUUUAUGCUUGGAUAUGAAUAUGCAUUUCCGUUUUUUUACGUGUUAAAUUUAUUGAUUUUUGAUGUAACAAUCGUGUAGUAAUCCAGUAACAAUAGUGUAUCACACCGGUAAGAGGUGCAUCGACUCGCCCCUCGUAACUUUAGAAAAAUUGCUCACAAGCGACCAAAUUUUUAUUCACAGCAAAACAGACGACGAAAAACGCUCCCCGAAUUUUCGACCGACAGACUGGCAGCGCGCGUGACAGGUGACAUUUCAGACGUGUCGAUGAUCAAUGGAUUCCGUGGACGUCUGAAUUUUUCCAUAACUUCCACUGAACUCAUUAACUAUUGACAGUGUUACCGGCGUCUAGCCGUCUGCUAGCUAGGAAAACAGACACUUUCGUUUUUAAAACUGAACACAAACGAGGACGAAAGAUGUGAUAUGUAUUUAUAGAGAAGACAAAAACAUUCCAUCUUUAUAGAUUUUUGCUUCGAUUUCCAACCACAAAAAAAACACACAUAGACAACCCCAACCUCGUUUGGAGCCAGUAUUCAUUCAACAGCAAGCAGCAGGAAUUUACCUUUUUCCGACUCUCUGGUCGUCUCUUGAUUCUUUUUUUUUUGUUUUUUGUUUGUUUGUUUCGAACGGUGUUCCGUUUGUUUUCGCACUUACCCAAUCGAACCAAGUUUGGUUGGAGAGAGAAAAAAAAAACAAAUAUUUUAUAAACCAAGAUCGCGAUCGAGUCAACUGGCAACCACACUCAGACACGCACACACACACGCGUGCGUGUGUUUUGAAGGGGGGCGAGCAGAGAGCGUGAAAGAUGUAAAUAUUACUAAUUUAUAGCGAAAGAUUUAGAGAGCGAGAGAUCAUCCGAUGACACUAGUAGGGGUUUUUCUCUUUUCAGACUUUGUCGAAUGAACGAAAUUGUUCGGAAAUAAUAACAAAAAUAAAAUAAAAAAAAGGAAGAAACCACAUAAAAAGAGAGAGAGAGAAAAAAGAAAUAUUUUUAUCUUAGUUUACGUGUUUCUGUCACUUCUUUUAUACUUGUAUAUUUGCCAUAAUUUUAAUCAGUUUAAUAAUCAAAAUGCAAUUUUUCAAAAUAAUUUUGAAGGAAACGAGUUAAGCAAUAUUGCACUUUAGGAAAAAAAACCCUCCCGUAAGUAAGAAAGGAAUAGAAAACAUUUAAAUAAACAAAAAAAAAUCCAAGCGAAUAUUGACUAUCGAUUAAAAUGUAUUACUUAGCUAUUAAUUUAAUCAAAGCAACCCAUACUUUAUAGUAGAACGAACCGCAAAAAAAGACAGACAGUCGCCAGAAAAGUAGUAGAAAAAGAAAAAAAAACAUCAUUUCUGCAUGUAAAAAGUAUUGAAAAAAAAUCACAAUCGGAUCGACCCAGAAUAUUAAACAUUAAACGGAAUCGAAAAAAAAAAUCAGGUGACGUGAUGGCAGGAGAGCGAAGAACGCGUGAACUGGAGCGACGUUAAGCUCGCCCGUGCUGUACUUUCUUACCCGACCUGACUCCGGAGCCGGGCUCCGGUCGUCGUGCCAACACCAGUGAGAACCUCGAGAUUGUAAUUUAUUAACUAACUUUUAACAUUAACGUUUUUUUUUUUGCUUCAACGGUUCCCGGGGGGUCACUAAACGCGCACCCGCUGAGAUGUACUUAUAGUAUCAUAGUACUCGUAUUUUGUUUUUAGAACUUUGACCAAUCCUCGAUAGACACUGUGAAAAUGAAUCAUGUUACUUUCGCUUAAGUUAUUACACGUUAGAAGAAGAAUAGAAUCAAAAACUGGAAAACAAACCAGGAUAACGGUAGGAAGCACCCCUAGUUUGCCUCCAGCUGGUAUCCUUCUGCGCGAUGGCCUCUUCCUGUGUCUAUCGAACCUUUUAGAGAAUUAACCCUUGCUUUGAUUUAAUAACUCGUUUGAAACCCCAGUAGUGGAGCCCGCCACAGGCGGGAAAGCAACACAGCACGGCGGCGACCAGAAAUCUUGCUCAAGUUCAAUUUUUAAGUUAUUUAAUUUAACAAAAAACAUACAGACUCAAAAAAACACACACUCAUCCAAGCAAGUUAUGCUCCGGUCGAAGCUGAAUGAGAGAGCACGUAUAAAACAUGAAACAAAAAACAAAACGGACACACCUCAAAGUUUCCUUUCCCCGAAACGGCGAAAGCUAAACAAACACACACACACAACCCUCGGAAGAAUAAACUCCAUUUUCUUCGAACGUAGAAGAAAAUUAGAAUAAAAACAACGUGCGCUCGGACAAGCAUAUGACAACAAUUACACAAUAGCCAACAACGCGAGCGAAACCGAAAGGAGACACUAGAGACAGAUUGACAGAUAGAAAGAGAGAGAGAGAGAGAGAGAGAGCGCGCGCAACAAGAACGCAAGAAUAAAGAAGAAUUAAAAAAUAAAUCAGGAUAUUUUUAAGUGUCCUUUUAUACUGAAGAAAAAUUUUUACGUAAAAAUUGAAUAAAAAAUAA